AUGGGGGGUCGAGUAAGCUGCACAGGUAAACAGGACUACAAGAAGACAAAGCCUGUCCUAAAGGCAACGCGACUGAAAGCUGAAGCAAAGAAGAGUUCUUCUGGAUUCAGGGAUGCAUUCCUGGUCGUCGCAGCCAUUCUGCUCUUCGUGCUCUGCGUUUACGCCUUCUUCUACCUCAACCUGAGCACCGAGAUCAACCUCGAUGUGGACAUGGAUUAAGAAACGUUUGGAAGGUGGACCAAAACCUUUUGGGACUCUGUUUUGUCUACGGACAAGAUGGGAACAUGGAAAACCACCAACACGAGAUUUAACGUGCGCAAAUGAAAAUCCAAACGGCUGAAGAAGAAAGUUGUUGAGCAGUUUGGCUUCAUCCUUUAUCUUUUGUACUUCUUAUGCAACAUGGUGACAGGAGCUUUAUUUGAGAUAAUGUUUUCUGUCUUAUUAGUCGUUUAAAUGUUUUCAUAAUGUCAUCAGUUUAAACAGUGAAUUAAAACUUUAGUUAAAUGAUAUUCUUUUAUAUGUAAACACUUUUUCUUUAAACCAAAAGAGCGAAUUUUAAAAGCACAAAGGAACCUAUUUUCUAAGUUCUGCUUCACUGUUUUUAUUCAGAAGAAAAUGUUAAAAAGAAGCGCCUCCUCUGAGCUCUAGUGCAAACUACAGUAGAGACUGAGCACCGUUAAUCGUAUUCUGCACGGUUUUUGUUUUGCGCCCCCAUUAAUAGAAAAAUGUAAAUCUGCUGCUGCAGCUCCCGUCACAUUCAGGCAAACACUUUACUCACAUUCCAGUGCACAAACCACCGCCUCGCGAAGAUCUCCAGAUCACCAAGUGUGAGAUUAGAAUCCACAAAGCCCUGGUGCUGAUUGAACAUGUGUUCAGAAUACAGAACAAGGCCGUGCUGCUUCUGCACAGGCAUGGAGGCAGACACACGCAGGAUAAUCACUGUCAAUAUGAUCGGGCUCUUCCAUUUGGAUUGAAAUUACAGAGAUGAACGAGUCACUCAAGGUGAGACCACGUUUUGUUUCUUACAAGGAACAAUUUUCUAAUUUGUCCAGACUCUUGUCCUCUUAAUGAAUGCAUGGUGUCUGCAUAAAGAGGAGUAUGAAAGUUGUU